UCAACUGAAAAGUUUGCCUAGCAUUCUGCGAAAAAUGCUGUUGUUCGUUUAGUGAAUUGUGAUUGAAAUAGGUUUGUUUCUUGCGUGUAGCUGAAUAAAGAUGAUUUCGAAUGCUUUGUGCGAUUUGGAAAAAUGUGUCGACACGGCCGGGACGCAGCUCGACUCGCUGGCGAUCAAACUUGUAGAUGUAGAGCGCAAUUUGGACGAGAAUGAGAUGGAAUCGCUCGAAAACGAGUCGGUGAUGGAGUUGCUGGAAUCGGUGACGGAAGUAAAAAACGAGUAUCAAAACCUGCGCAAGGAUCUGCAGGAGGUACAGCAACUACAGAAGGAGAUGACGUGCUCGCUGCGCUACCAGCUGCGCAACAUGACACAGACGUUCCGAGUGUUGAAGAAGAAGAUUGAGUCAAACUCUGUCCCGGUGCACCACCUGCCGCCACCCACGGGUGGCGGUUCCUCGCGAACCGGAGUUAACAGUGAUGCGCACGGAUUCACGCCGCUCGUGCUGCCGCAACCCGACCUCACAACGGCACACGUGCAUGGCCCGAAGCGGACCGGUCUACUGAAGAGUGUCAGUAAGAACUGAGUAAACCGUUCACGUGCAUCGUUUGGGAAAAUUCGAAGCACUAUUCUUGCUGGCAUUGAUCAGCUGACGACAAGCAUUGCCUGCAAGGUUCUGCGCUACGGUGCUCGCCAUUACGCUCCUAUUCGUUGACCUUCCCAUCGUUCCGCUUCUGUUUCUUCUGUCGGCCCACUGUCCUCGCUAACCAUUAUCGAUUGCAUCAGCGGCACACAAAAACCUGUCAUAACGGUGAAGCAAGCGGCUUUCCGCGCCAACAACUUCCAUAUGGACGCAUCUCCCGAUAGUCCGCUGUGUAGCGUAUGAUUUCCUUCCAAGAAUCGUUCCUGCUGCGCAUUCCUGCUUUGGUUUUUCAAUGUGAACCCCGUUUAUAGUUUUCUCAUAAAAUCAUCAUUGAUACGAGCAGCGAGUGCUUCAUUUCGCCUCCAUCGCGUUAUCGGUGUUCAGCUCCGUUCAUCGCCGUCUCAUGCGCCACCACAAGCCGAAAGCUACCGGCAGCCGGUCGUUCAGCAUUUGCCCUCCAAGGCAUCAUACAUUCUUUUUCCCCGAAAAUCUCCCGGUAGCAGAAUGGAUGGAUAGAGGAUAGCAAAAUGUCACACGAAGAGCAUGUUCGAAGCCCAUCAUUCGUCUCAUAAGUCGACGACGAUUUUCAUUCCCAUAGUCUAGAAGAUUGGCAGCAGAAGCAGUUCGAAGCAGUUGUAGUAGGCGAAGCUAGGGUUGUUUGAACGCGUUAAUGUUGUUACAGACCGAACUUACGAAACUACCAGCAAAAGCGAAUUGAUCGAAAGAUAGUGAAAGGUCGAAUGUUGGCUGACUUAUUGACUUAGUUUGCUGUUUGUUUUGUAAAUCGAUUGCUUUUUUGCGUUAUGUUUCUUAGUUUGCGGUUUUUGUGCAUUUGCUGUAAUCGUCGCUUGAUCGAUUUUUAUGCUUCAUGCUCCAUCAUUUUUAUAUCUAUCACUGUGCAGCCGAGUGUAGUCUAUGUUCAUGUUUUAUAUUGACCUCUACGUAUAAGUUAGUAUCUUUGAACGCUUUAUCGUUUUGGCUUUCAUGUGGUGCACAUUUUGAAUUUUCUACUGUUAGUUCGUAUGUUCGUAUCCUCAUUUAUGCCGACACUUUUGCAUUUUAGAUGCACGAACGAACCUGUGUGUGUGUGUGUUUGAUAACGAGUGUAUUGUAUCUAUUUUAUCCGCACGAUCAAACCAAAUCAAACACACGAACACGUGGCGCAUGUAUUUUUGCCAUAUUUCAUCAUAUUCACGUGAUCGAGCACCUUUCGUGCACCAAGUAUACACACAUUAAGCGUAAAGAAAAACCUACACGCGCCAAAAUAUAUGUCUUAACUAUAUUCUAAAUCACACACAUUAUGUAUUUUUAAAUCGUACUAGCAGUAGUUAAAGUGAAAUGUAGACAAUGAAACGAAUUCGCGCCCCAAGAGGGUGCGAAUUAGUGGUGACUUUGUUCCAUGUUAUAUGUAAGAGUUAAACCUAGAGAAUGGAAAAUACUAGCAUAAGCAGACCUAGCCUUAGCGGAAUUGAAUGCACUAUGAUGUCCUGUUGUAGUACAAGUGUUGGUUGAUGUUUUUACUCAAGCAAUUGAAUGGUUCCUUUUCACGCUUUUAUAAGUUUGCUUAGAAAACCCAUUUCCCCGAAUAUGCACUGGUUUGAUUGUUAGGGCAAUGCCAAAUUUGCUGCUUUGUUGCACCUUUUUCUGUUUCAUUCUUGUAUCUUUUAGUACCAUAGCAUAAGCAGUU